AUUGGACGACAUGGUUCACCUCACGGCUGCUAGCUGCAGUCUACUACUGACGGCAGCAGUGACAGCAGUCAAUGCCGUCGCUCUCGGUCAUCCAGCAAGACCACACAAACACGACCAGCUCACUGUUUCGACGACAUCAGGUCGCGUCCACGGCAAAGUCGAUUCAGCGUAUGGCGAUGUCAGACAAUUCCUUGGAAUACCUUACGCCAAAUCUCCGACAGGACCACGCAGAUGGCUCGCUCCUCAAGAGCUCUCCCAACCAAGGACGCACAUCGAAGCCACCGAGCUCCCACUCAGUUGUCCCCAGUUCCUUACCCCAAGCGGAACAGACGUCUACACAAACGACGUCCUCGAAUUCAACCUCGCAGGCCUAAACGAAACCGGCCCGACAUCCGAAGACUGCCUCACACUAAGCAUCUGGACGCCCACUGUCGAAAGUGACAGCAAAACCAAAAACUCACACCAGGCCCCGAACUGCACCGAAAAAGAAGAAUACGACUCCGAAACCCUCCUCCCCGUCCUCAUCUACAUCUACGGCGGCUCCUUCAAAACCGGCGGCCAAAACGUCCCCUACCAAAUCCCCAAUCAAUUCGUCUCCCGUACCUCCUCCCACCUCGUCGUAUCCUUCAACUACCGCGUAAACCUCUUCGGUUUCCCCUUCGCCUCCUCCCUUCCAGACCAAAAUCUCGGCCUCUUGGACCAACGCCUCGCAAUCCAAUGGGUCCAACAAAACAUCCAAGCCUUCGGCGGAGAUCCCGAAAAAAUGGUCCUAUGGGGUCAAUCUGCUGGAGCUGUGAGUGUUGACUUUUAUGGUUUCACGUAUGCUGAGGAUCCGAUUGUGAAAGGGUUGAUCAUGGAUUCGGGGACGAGUUUUUUGAGUGUGCAGGCGGGGAGGAAUGCGUCGUUGCCGGGGGAUAAUACUGGAGCGAAUUUCACUACUGUGGCGGAGGGUGUGGGCUGUGGUGGAAGAGCUGAAGGCGAGGAGAUGGUGGAGUGUAUGAGAGGAGUGGAUUGGAAGGUGUUGGAGAAUUUUGUGGCGAAUUAUUCACGGAGUGGAGCGCAGCCGGCUUUGACGUUUGGUGCUGCUGCGGACGGCGUGGUGGUGUUUGAGAAUUAUACGGAGAGGGCACUGGAAGGAGGACAAGCGAAGAUUCCUGCCAUUAUCGGAACUAACGCCCAAGACGGGGUGCCAUUUGCACCCUACAAUCCCGAUGGAGUCAAUGUUGCGACAGCGAAUGGUGUCACACUGGCAGCAUUCUUCUGUCCCGCGACAGAGACGACCAGACUCCGACAAGAGACCGAUCUUUUGACAUACCGUUACCUAUACAGCGGGAACUUCACCAACAUCUCUCCGAGAGGCUGGAUGGGUGCUUGGCACUCAGCUGAGUUGCCGUUGAUCUUUGGAACACAUCCCAAUUAUCGCGGCAACAGCACGGAACUGGAGUAUCAGACCAGUCAUGCUAUGCAAGAUGCUUGGGUGGCUUUCGCAAAUGACCCGGUGAACGGACUGGCGAGUGUAGGAUGGAAGCCAUAUGAGGAGUUGGGGAGUGCGACUGUGCGGGAAUUCGGUGCUGGCGUUGCAGCACAGGACAUUGAGGUGAAGGCGACAGAGGAGAUGUGUAAUGGGGCGGUGCCGAGGGCUUCUUGAUGGGGUACUGCGGUGUUUCCACAGAUUCUCACACUCAGUCUCUCUCACUCUGCCAUUCGUCCCAGUGUUUCACGAUUGACUCCAGAAUUGACUGACAGUCAUUCCAGAUCCGAUUCCUGUUCGCCAAACCCUUGAGCUCGCCAUUGCGCAUUCCG